ACCAUAGGGUACAAUUGUCUUUAGCAGACACUUUUUUUUACAGGACGCCGCCCCGUUCAGUGCCCUCCCGUAGCCAAUCCCGGCACCGAAGACUGAUAGACUCGGAGACCAAUCUGUCUGAGUUUCUGCAAAUGGAAGCUCGAAGAAAGAAGCCGAAGCCGCGAUUUUGGAGAUGGGCGGCGGCGUCAAUGCUGUUCCGAUUGGCUCUGAUAUACUUCGCCAAGGAUCUCAACCUCGCCACUCGCCCCGAAGUCUCCACUCCGGUCACCAGCCUCCGCCGCCUGGCGGAGGGCUACUGGUUGAAGCAGUCGUCAAUGUCGCCUUAUGCUGGCUCUAUGUACCACGGAUCUCCAUUGUUGCUGGCAGUUCUCGGCCCUCUUACUGAAAACAAAAUUGACGGACGCUCUUACCAAUUAUGCAGUUUGGUUUCGGUGAUUGCAGAUAUUAUUUCUGCCGUUCUUAUUCGUGCUAUUGGUCAGAGUCUUCAGUUCGCUUAUGAAAAAAACUUAAAAUCACUGGGUCUGGGCAAGCUCUUAGAAGAUUCAGAGAUUCUACCCUCUGGAGACAUUGCUGCACUUGUAUACUUAUGGAACCCUUUUACUAUUGUGACCUGCAUGGGUUUCAAUACAACACCAAUCGAAAACAUGUUUGUAAUCAUUUCCCUAUAUGGAGCCUGCAAAGGUCGUGCACCAUUGGCAGCUUUUGGGUGGACCAUAGCAUCCCAUAUCUCGCUUUAUCCUUUUGUUCUAAUUGUGCCAGUGAUUCUUCUAUUAGGUUAUGGUCCAGAUGCGCCUCCCAAAAAGUUGUUCCUGCAGUUACAUUCAGUAAAAGAUGAAGAUCUCAGUUUGAGUGAAAGCAAUACUAACAAGGGUUUAAGGAACCAGAGAAAAGAAGUUACCCAUUUCUCUUGGCGGCCAGUUUUGGUUUUUCUUUCCUGGGCUUUCAUCUGGGCUGCUUAUGUAUUGGGUUUGUGUGGCAUUUUUAUGCGAGAUUUUGGUGGUCUCCAAGAAAUGUUUAAAAGGACCUAUGGGUUUAUUCUAACUGUGAAAGAUUUAUCUCCAAAUAUAGGUGUCUUAUGGUAUUUCUUUGCUGAAGUGUUUGAUUUCUUCAGAAGUUUUUUUCUGAUAGUUUUUCAUGCAAACAUCCUCUUCAUGAUUCCGCCAUUAGCGAUACGACUAUACCACAGGCCUUGCUUUCUGGCUUUUGUUUACAUGACAAUAUGUACAAUGCUGAAAUCAUAUCCUUCAGUUGGUGACUCUGCUCUCUACUUGGGUUUGCUUGCUUUGUUUAUAAAUGAAUUAUCAGAAAUGUCAUUUUCUUUCUUCAUGUUCUGUGGAUAUGUGGGUAUAUCCCUUUUAAGCCCAGUAAUGCACAACCUGUGGAUAUGGAGAGGUACUGGCAAUGCAAACUUCUAUUUUGCAACUGCAAUGGGAUAUGCUUGCUUUCAGGUCAUUUUGGUUGUAGAAAGUGUGAGUUCAACACUUAGCCAUGACAGAAAAAUUGCCAAGUUGAUUAAGGCCUCCUCCAUUGCUUAAUCAGUUUUACCUUUUUAACUGACUAGUGUUUUUAUUUUUGUGCAACUUACUUGAUUAUCUUUUGUAUGUUAUAAAAUAAUUCACAUCUUUUUUUAUUAUUUAAAUAUGGUUAAAAAUUAAUACCAGAGUAUAAACUUUGUCUACUUGCUUCACAUAUUCAUGUUGAUCAUUUAGUAAAACAAUAUUGUCAUA